AUUGCUGGCGUGGUGAUGGCACUAAGUCAGGGUGCUCGGGCAGGACCGGAGAGACUGGCUGGGCGGGUGGCUCUGCUGGCUGGGGCGGAGGAGUGGGCGCUGACAGAUGGAGAGUGGGAAGAAGGGCCUUCCUGGCGGCAGGAGCGGCAUGUGCAGAUACGUGAAGGGCGCCAUGUUUUGGAAGUUCGACCUGCACACGAGCUCGCACCUGGACACGCUGCUGGAGCGGGAGGACCUGAGCCUGCCCGAGCUGCUGGACGAGGAGGACGUGCUGCAGGAGUGCAAGGUCGUCAACCGCAAGCUGCUGGACUUCCUGCUGCAGCCGCCACACCUGCAGGCCAUGGUGGCCUGGGUCACGCAGGAGCCCCCGGCCAGUGGGGAGGAGAGGCUGCGCUACAAGUACCCCAGCGUGGCCUGUGAGAUCCUGACCUCAGACGUGCCCCAGAUCAACGACGCGCUGGGCGCCGACGAGGCCCUCCUGAACCGGCUCUAUGGCUUCCUGCAGAGCAGCGGCAGCCUCAACCCGCUGCUGGCCAGCUUCUUCAGCAAGGUCAUGGGCAUCCUCAUCAACCGCAAGACCGACCAGCUCGUGUCCUUCUUGCGGAAGAAGGAUGACUUCGUGGACCUGCUGCUGCAGCACAUCGGCACCUCAGCCAUCAUGGACCUGCUGCUGCGCCUGCUGACAUGCGUGGAGCGGCCCCAGCUGAGGCAGGACGUGGUCAAUUGGCUCAACGAGGAGAAGAUCGUGCAGCGGCUCAUCGAGCAGAUCCACCCUUCCCGAGACGAGGCUCAACAUUCCAACGCCUCCCAGUCCCUCUGCGACAUCAUCCGCCUGAGCCGGGAGCAGAUGAUCCAGGUCCAGGACAGCCCGGAGCCCGACCAGCUGCUGGCCACUCUGGAGAAACAGGAGACCAUGGAGCAGCUGCUGAGCAACAUGCUGGAGGGCACACAGAGCCAGUCCGUCAUCGUGAGCGGGGUGCAGGUGCUGCUGACCCUGCUGGAGCCCAGGAGGCCCAGGUCCGAGUCUGUGACCGUGAACAACUUCUUCAGCAGUGUGGACGGGCAGCUGGAGCUCCUGGCCCAGGCCACCCUGGACAGUGUUGUGUCCAGCCCGGGCACCCUGCAUGCCCUGCGGCCUCGGCUCAGCCAUUUCCACCAGCUGCUCCUGGAGCCGCCUGAGCUGGAGCCCCUGCACACGACGUGGGGCAGCCUGGCCCCCCCACUGGGCAACAUGCGGCUGCACGUGGUCCGACUGCUGGCCAGCGCCCUGAGUGCCAACGACGCAGCCCUGACCCAGGAGCUCCUGGCUCUCGACGUGCCCAACACGUUGCUGGACCUCUUCUUCCACUACGUGUUCAACAACUUCUUGCAUGCCCAAGUGGAGGUGUGUGUGAGUGCCAUGCUGAACUCGGCGCCCCCUCCCGACAGCAGCCCGGAGACGCCCACUCCGAACCCCGUGAUAAAACAUCUGCUGCAGCACUGCCGCCUGGUGGAGCGCAUCCUGACGUCCUGGCAGGAGAAUGAGCGCGUGCAGUCUGGAGGGGGCCCGCGGAAAGGCUAUAUGGGCCACCUGACGCGCGUGGCCAAUGCCCUGGCGCAGAGCGCUGAGAAGGGGCCCAACGCCCAGCAGCUGGCGCAGCUGCUGAAGGAGCUGCCUGCCGAGCAGCAGGAGCAGUGGGAGGCCUUCGUGUCGGGACCCCUGGCUGAGACCAACAAGAAGAACAUGGUGGACCUGGUGAACACCCACCACCUGCACUCCUCCAGCGACGACGAGGACGACCGGCUCAAGGAGUUCAGCUUCCCUGAGGAGGCCGUGCUGCAGCAGGCCUUCAUGGACUUCCAGAUGCAACGCAUGACCUCAGCUUUCAUCGACCACUUUGGUUUCAACGACGAGGAGUUUGGAGAGCAGGAGGAGAGUGUGAACGCGCCCUUCGACAAGACGGCCAGCAUCACCUUCUCCCUCAACGCAGACGACGAGAACCCCAACGCCAGCCUCCUGGAGAUCUGCUACAAGGACCGCAUCCAGCAGUUUGACGACGACGACGAGGAGGAGGAGGAGGAGGAGGAGGGGGGCCCGGGCUCCGGGGACUCUGACGGGGACGACGGCGCUUGGCACGGCAGCUCGCUGGCCAGGGGCACCCGCCUGGGCCCGCCAGGCACGCGGAGCCGGGGCAGCACCGACAGCGAGGAGGAGGACGAGGAGGACGAGGAGGACGAAGAGGACGGCGACGCUGGAGCAGCCCUUGGAGGGGCCGGGCCCCCCUCUCUCCCCAGCCCUCAGCCUCCCGGCCCCAGCUGGACAGCCACCUUUGAGCCCGUGCCUGUGGACAUCCCAGCUGGCCCCCGAGACACCAGGGAGGAGGACCCCCGCACUGGGCCCCGGGCUGCGCCCCAGGAACCCCCUGCUCAGAGCCCUGCCCCCCGCUGGCCGCAGGCGCGCCGCAGCUCAGGCCUCAAGACCCUGCACCCCCGUUAGCACCUCAGGAAGCCACAGACGGCAGCAAAGUAGCGGAGC